AUGGGUCACAAAGGAAUAUCGGUGACAGGCCUGGUCUGCGGCUUUGCAUUCUUUCUCCUAACACUGCACUCCGCCUUUGGAGACGUGAGCUAUUCUUUUCCGGAGGAGAUGAAACGCAGAUCUGUUAUUGGAAAUAUAGCCAAAGAUCUCGGUUUGGAAGCCAGUAGACUGUCCGCUCGUAAGGCCCGAAUUGAUACGGAGGGGAACUAUGAACGUUAUUGUGAUAUUAAUCAGAGUACCGGGGAUUUGAUUGUUGCGGAAAGGAUUGACAGAGAGGAGCUAUGUGGAGAUAAGGUUUCAUGUAUGCUUACAUUCGAGUUGGUUCUGGAAGGUCCGUUGGAAUUGCAUCGUGUAUCACUACUGAUUGAGGAUGUCAAUGAUAAUUCACCAAUUUUCCCGAAGGACACAAUCAAAUUGGAAAUUAGUGAGUUGGCAGUCAAAGGGGCUCGCUAUCGUGUUAACGAGGCACAUGACGCAGACAUGGGACAGAACGCAGUGCAAAGGUAUACAUUACAAAGUAAUGAACAUUUUGUGCUGUCUGUUCACGAUUACACAGAUGGAAGAAAGAACGUAGAGUUGGUUUUAGAUAAAGAACUAGAUCGUGAAGAAAAACAGGACAUGAGUUUACUGCUUACAGCAGUAGACGGUGGCACUCCGCAGAGAUCAGGUACUGUAGUCAUACACGUCACUGUACUGGAUGCUAACGAUAAUGCCCCAGUGUUUAGCCAGGCCGUCUAUAAAGCCAGUCUGCCUGAAAACUCUCCUUUAGGUACUGUAGUGGUUACAGUAAGUGCUACAGAUGCAGAUGAGGGAGUGAAUGGGGAAGUGACGUAUGAAUUCAGUCGCAUAUCUGACAAAGCAAUAAAGGUAUUUUCUUUGGGCCACAAUACUGGAGAAAUUAAGGUGAUAGGUCCGAUAGAUUUCGAAGGCGACCCAAAAUAUGAAAUGCGCAUAGAGGGUAAAGACGGCUAUGGCCUUUCAUCUGAUUCAAAAGUAAUUAUUGAUAUCACGGAUGUAAAUGACAACGCACCUGUAAUAUAUCUGAAAUCUCUGAGUAACCCCAUACCUGAGAACGCGUCACCUGGCACAGAGGUGGGCAUCAUUAACGUGCAGGAUAGAGACUCUGAGAAUAACCGUCAGGUCCACUGCUCCAUUCAGCAAAACGUUCCUUUUAAGCUGUUGCCAUCCAUCAAAAACUACUAUUCUCUGGUGACCACGGGCGAACUGGACCGUGAACUAGUGUCUGAUUACAACAUUACAAUCAUUGCCACCGACGAGGGCUCUCCGCCUCUGUCCUCCUCUAAAAGUGUUCAGUUAUCUGUAGCUGACGUGAACGACAACCCACCUGUGUUUGAGGAACAGUCCUAUAGCGCCCACGUGACUGAAAAUAACAAACCAGACUCAUCAUUGUGUUCCGUUACUGCAAGAGAUCCAGACUGGAGACAGAAUGGUACAGUGAUUUACUCUAUCUUACCCGGUGAUGUGAACGGUGUCCCGGUGUCCUCGUUCUUAUCCGUUAACGGAGACACGGGGGUGAUCCACGCUGUGAGGUCGUUUGAUUAUGAACAGUUCAGGAGCUUUGAAGUCCACGUUGUGGCCAGGGACAACGGUUCUCCUCCGCUCAGCAGCAACGUCACAGUCAGUGUGUUCAUAACGGAUGUGAAUGACAACUCUCCUCAGAUACUGUACCCCGCCCCUGAGGGGAACUCCUUCAUGACCGAGCUGGUCCUCAAAGCUGCACACGGGGGCUCUCUGGUUUCCAAGGUGAUAGCGGUGGACGCGGACUCCGGCCAGAACGCCUGGCUGUCCUAUCAUAUAGUCAAAUCCACGGAUCCAGGACUUUUCACUAUUGGUCUCCACAGCGGAGAGAUCAGGACACAGCGGGACAUUUCUGAAUCUGACAGCAUGAAACAGAACCUUAUUGUGUCAGUAAAAGAUAACGGACAGCCCUCUCUCUCUGCGACCUGUGCCAUGUAUUUAGUGAUUUCUGAUAACUUGGCUGAAGUGCCAGAACUGAAAGAUAUAUCUUAUGAUGAGAGCAAUUCCAAACUCACCUCUUAUCUGAUCAUCGCGCUGGUGUCCGUCUCCACCUUUUUCCUCACCUUCAUUGUUGUCAUCCUGGCCGUGAGUUUUUGCCGCAGAAGAAAGCCUAGACUGUUGUUUGAUGGAGCGGUCGCCAUCCCAAGUGCUUAUCUCCCUCCAAACUACGCAGAUGUAGAUGGCGCGGGAACUCUCCGCAGCACAUACAAUUAUGACGCCUACCUGACGACGGGUUCGCGCUCCAGUGACUUCAAGUUCGUCAGAUCCUACAAUGACAACACGCUGGCCACCGACCAGACUCUGAAAAAAACUCCCACUGACUUUGCUGAAGCGUUUGAUGACUCUGAUGGGUCCCCAGAGGUAGGCAAAUAA